AUGCAAAUUUCUGAGCUGAUCAAACUGGCCAAGAGCAGCGGCUGCAGCAACCUACGCAACAGCAACAGCAACAGCAAAAGCAACUGCGGCAGCGGCUCAAGAAUUAUUAUUAAAUUCGAUAUAAAUAAUAUUCGCAACCGUAGCCCGGGACCCGGGACCCGGGACAGUCUGCUGAUUAAUAAAAGACGGCUGCCGUGGCAGAAGUUCCGAGAUGGCCUGCGGUGCUUAAAAAUUCUGAGGCAUCUGUCAAACGUGCGAAGGUGAGCGAAGGUUUCGCGCAGGCGCAGCAUGGAUCCAGUCAGGGAUUGGUUUGGCGGCCCCGACACAUGCCUCGACCUUAUAGAGGAGAGCCUGCGCCUGUCCAGCCAUCAUCCCAACUCGGGGGCCCACAUGGAGUACAUGGAGAUGGCGACGUAG